CCCAAGCGAUUGUCCCGGGGCCAAGGCUUUUCCACGUUCUCGCUUGAGACAACUCUAGAAUCUUCUCUUCUCGCACCAAAAGGGGCAUCCAUAUCCCGCUCUCUCCUCUCUCAGGCGGGCGAAGUGACGACGGUGAUAUAGGGAGAAUGUGGUGGGACUGGGAAGAGUUCACAGAAGAAGCCGAAGAAGAGCAAGAAGAAUCUCCGAUAGAUUUCGAUUUCCUUUCCCUCUUAUCCAAGCCAAAGGAUUACUACAGAAUAUUGGAAGUUGAUUAUGAUGCUACUGAAGAAACCAUUAGGUCGAACUACAUUCGUUUAGCGUUGAAAUGGCAUCCGGAUAAGAAAAAAGGAGAGGACACUGCAACUUCAAAAUUCCAAGAGAUAAAUGAGGCAUACAAGGUUCUAAGCGAUCCUGUCAAAAGGCGAGAGUAUGAUAAGAAGGGGGUUCUGUAUACUCAAGAUUGCAAUGUCACUGAUUAUCUCAAUCGAAACAAGGGCUUGAUAUUGACAUGCAAUGGCCUUGGUGUCAGAUAUCCUAUAUGGUAAACUAGCAGCAAGUGGUGAUUUCUUUAAGAAUUUCUGAAGCCAAUAGCCUACAUUGGAGGAGUUCUCUGAUGUAAUGUGAAAUGUGCGCGUAAAAGAGUCUUUUUUUUUUUUUUUCUUUUGGUAAGGCGUAAAAGAGCUAUUUGAUGAAUUGCAAGAUUGAAGGUGACCUGGUGCAUUUUUCACUGUCCUUGACUUUUCUUUGCUGGUAGGUAAAUGCCAGAAGCAGCCCCAAUCUUUUUUUUUUUUUCUUUUCUUUUCUUUUUGAACAUUGCUGGAGUGCGAUUCGUGUAAAGCUACUUACGAUGUUAUGUGGUCUCUGAUGACUCUGUAUAUGAAGGCUUGUGCCCCAGGUUCUCCUUGCACUUGGA